GACUGCUCGGCCGCUGCGGUGAACAGAGGUUGGUCGUCUUUGCCUGCACAACCCCGUUCGCCAUUUAACCCUCUGUGAUUAUGUUCAAAAGCAGCCCUUGCUUUUGCAGGAACAUUUCCUGAAAGGUCAGCCUCUGUUUUACAGGAUCUCCCCUGGUGAGUCUACCUAGGUCAUGAUUAGACCAUCCCAUGAUAUCCUGCUUUGAACGUGUGUCUUCUGAUUGCUCUUAACAACACUUCUACUCUGACAAACAUAAAGAAUCUGACUCCAUUGUUUCUUACAGGAUUGAUUCUACAGAUGUGCUUGACAUAAUUCGGAAGAAGGCUUUUGACACUGGAUUUGUUCAAUCAUGGGUAACCAGAGCAUGCCCAUCGUCAAGUAUCCGAGGAUAGUCGACCCUCUUUGGCAUGAAUGGGACAGGAAGGCCCAGAAAUGUGGCUUGAGGCAUACAGUUUAUGCUGUAAAUGGGGAUCGCUAUACUGGAGAAUGGCUGGACAACCUCAAACAUGGCAAAGGCACACAGACAUGGAAGAAAACUGGCGCAAUCUACAGCGGUGACUGGAAAUUCGGAAAAAGAGAUGGAUAUGGCACAUACAGUAUUCCUGACCCCAUCACAAAAGAUUAUAAGAAAGUGUAUUCAGGCUGGUGGAGAAAUGACAAAAUGUGGGGUUACGGAAUUAAGUUUUACUCAGCUUCAAGUUAUUACGAAGGAGAAUGGCGUGCGGGGAAGCGAGAUGGCUGGGGACGAAUGUACUACGUGGACGGGUCCAUCUAUGAAGGCCAGUGGUCCGAGGACAAGCCGGGAGGGCAAGGGUUGCUCCGCCUGAAAAACGAAAACCGCUACGAAGGUUGCUGGAAGGACGGGAAGAAGCAUGGGCCGGGGAAGUUCAUCUACCUGGAUUCUGGGCAGCUCUACGAAGGCUUCUGGGUGGCAGAUAUCCCCAAAUGUGGGACCAUGAUCGACUUUGGCCGCGACGAGGCACCUGCACCCACGAAGUAUCCAAUCCCAAAGAUUGAGCUGAUGGAUCCAGAAGGUGUGUUAGAAGAUGCGAUCCAGAAGCUGGAGGAUGUCAAAGAACUAUACGUUCAGACUCAGAAAGAAAGAUGACCGCUGGCAAUCCCACCCUGUGCUGUUUCAUUCCCUUCCUAUUUUAGCCUGUGCAGCCAAACACCAGA